AUGACACCGCCCGACGAGACGUUUGGAACCGCAGCGCGUGGGAGACGACGAUCGCAUCAUGCCUGCCUCACCUGCCGGUCUGUCGCGCCCGUGUUGAUGCCUCCACGGACCAUGGCCCUCCAUGUCCCGCUGAACAUUGAACCCGUCCCGCUGACCUUUUCGACGACGCAGGAGAAAAAAGGUUCGCUGUCCCGCCGAGAAGCCCGCCUGCUCCAGCUGCGUCCGCCUCAAGCAGACGUGCUCCUAUCCGCCCGCAGCCAAGGCGGCUCGAAGUGGCCGAUCGGUUCCCAAAGGCCCAGCCAGUCUUCGAGCCAAGAGCAACCGCCCGACGAUGUCUCCAGCUUCUCUGAAAAGUCCCUCUCGGCGACGCCCCCGGCGCGAGAGAACCAACACGCCUAUGCCUUUGGCGGCCUCGCCUUGUCGACGCCCUUCGAAGCGGAACUCUCCAAGCUGCGACCGAGCCCGUCCGACAUUGCCCUCGGCAUCCGCCUCUACUUUGAGUUUUGCCAUCGGCAGCCCAUUUGGUGCUUCGAGCGAGAUGAGGUUAGCGACAUCGGCUCCCUUACUGACGAGCUUGCUUGCAGCAUCCUGGCUGUCACGUCGCGCUUCUCGCGGAGACGAGACGAGCUGCAGGUCUACGGCGACAACGCCAGAAGCAUGAUCAUGGCCCGCGUGGCCAACGGCUCCGUCGGUCUUGCCACCAUAGAGAGCCUGUGCAUCCUGUGUUAUUCGUCAUUUAUAGACGGAAACGUGCAUCUCGGCCAGUUUCACCUCGGACUGGCCCUGCAACUGUGCCGGUCGGCCAUGCUGGACCUGGACGCGGGAUACGCCAUGGACGACCUCACGUCGGAGCGCAAGAAGAGAGUCUUUUGGAGUCUGCAGGUCCUGGACCAGUACCACGGCCGCCAGACGGGAAUCCUCAGCGCGCCGACAGAGAUAUGGCGGCAGUCGCACGGCUCGGGCGGCGUCGAGCAUCGCCAUCACAUGGAGCUGGACGCCAAAGUGCCGCCCCUGCCGCUCGACGAUCUCGGCCACACGGUCCCGAGCGAGCCUGGCAUCUGGAAUACAAGCGUCCAUCUCGGCUGGGUCUGGAGCCGCGUGCGGAAAUACGUGUCGGACUGCGCGCACGGCAUCUUCCGCGAGCCCUGGCGGCGCGACUCCAUGUAUGCCACGGUCCUGUCCGACUUCAUGGAGGCCGAGAACAGGAUCCCCAUGUGCCACAGGUACGACUCUGUCAAGUUUUACGAGCGCAAGAUGGAGGACAUCAAGAUGAACCGCGACUACUGGGCGACGUGGCUCAAGGAGCAGUUUACGUACCACGCCAUCCCGACCGUCCUCAACCACCCGUUCCUCUACAUCGUGGGCGCGCAGCACAACGCGAACCUGGCGAUUCCCAACACCUUUUGGCGGCGGUCGUCGGAGCUGGCGCUCAUACACUCGACGUGGAUCGUGCGCAUGAUUGACAUGGUGCUGGACAAGCAGGUGCCCCUGACGGAUCCCUUCUUCGGCCACAUUGCCGCCAUCGCCGCCACCGUGCAUCUGUACUAUUGCUGCGCGGCGGCGGCCAAGCUGAAGCACAAGUCCAACGCCGACUUUGCCAAGUGCAGGCGCUUCCUCAAGGGCUUCAUCCCCUUUUCGCCGGCGUGCCGGGCCCUGGACCAAAACCUGGACAAGAUGACCCGGAUCGCCGCCGGCUCCGAGACAAACGACGUCGAGGACUGGAUGCCGUCCCGCAUCUACCUCAGCGUGCCGCUCAUGUGGAACAUUCUGCAGUUCAACUGCACGGCCGACUCGAGGGAGUUUCCGCACACGGGCCUGCUGGACGCGUCGCUGGCCCUCACCGUCGCCCGCGAAGACGACGACGAGGCCACGACGCUCGACAUCAUCGUGGCCACGUCGCCCGAGAUCACCGUCAACACGGCCGACGGCGGCCAGGACGCGCCCACUCUGCCGUUCAAGGGCACCGUCAACUCGUCGCCCAGCUCGUCGGCCGAGACGGCCUUUAACGAGAUUUCGGCCGAGCAGGCGGAUAGUCUCACUUUCAACACGACGCCGUGGCUGUAUGCCGACCCGUCGCAGUUUGACUCCAUGACGGACCUUGUCUAUCACGACGCGCGGCCGAGCAUGGGCGGCAGCAGGGGCAGGGCGUGGUGGGAGGGGGGGGAUAUGGACGACAGUAUCUUCAGUCACAUUUAG